CAUUUAUUCAUUUGAUUUAUAAUAAUUUGAUUAAUUAGUGGCCUUUUGGUACUUAAGAAAGCGGUAAAUUUGAAAGUACUAUCGGACCUAACCUAUGUAUGUGGGCUUGAACUAGAUUUGUUUGUGAUUGUCCCUUUAUUUCAUCCUAGCCAACUUUUAAGAAUCAAAUCUAUAUUUAACUAUUUAAGUAUUUAACUAGUUAUCUAUUGUCUCUGUAUUUAACUAUUUAAUAAAAAAAAUUGAGGUUAACGUAAACUUCAAUAAUGAUAGGUUAAUUAUUUAAAAUAUGUUUAGUUGUACAUUUAACAUAGCUAGAAUUAUAAGAACUAGCAAAAACGUGUGUUUUAUGAAGUGUCGAAAGUGUGACUUCCACACAAAUUGUUAUAAAAAAUUAUUCCAGAAAUUGAACAAUGUUGAUACUAAUGCAGCUAGAAAGAAAAGGAUUAGAUCAACCCUCUAUUACGUGACAGCCGCAGGUGUGGUAACGGUUGGAUUAAGUUAUGCUGCCGUACCAUUAUAUAGAAUGUUCUGCCAAGCGUAUAGUUAUGGAGGAACAACAAAUACGGGACACGAUAGUAGUAAAGUCGAAACUAUGUCACCAGUUAAACAUAAACCCAUAAAAAUCAGAUUCAAUGCAGAUACUGCCGCAAGCAUGAGAUGGAAUUUUAAACCUCAACAGAUUGAAAUCACGGUUUUUCCCGGUGAGACUGCAUUAGCGUUUUACACAGCAAAGAACCCCACCGAUAAGCCGGUUAUAGGUAUAAGUACAUACAAUGUCGUACCAUUUGAAGCGGGACAAUAUUUUAACAAAAUACAGUGCUUUUGUUUUGAAGAACAAAUGCUCAAUCCUCAUGAACAAGUGGACAUGCCGGUAUUUUUCUAUAUAGACCCAGAAAUAACCGAAGACCCUUUUAUGGAAUUUGUGAACGAAAUAACAUUGUCGUACACUUUCUUCGAAGCUAAGGAAGGUCUAAAACUACCUGUGCCCGCUUAUUUUAAAUGAUACAAGUGUUUAUCUAGGCAAAAAAUAUAAUUUAUUCGUUA